UGUAGUAGGAAAGGCAGCAGUGUUAGCCACACACGCUUAGCAUUUAGUUCUAAAGCUAUGUUUGUUUUGUUAUUAUGAAGCAUCACAUCAUGACAUCUGGAUGUAAUGGUGGGCAACUCUAAGAACCAAAUGCUGUCAGUGCACACUGCACACAUGCUGGGUGCAUGCAGGGGAAUUGCUAAUGUUACCCUGCUAAGUUUCAGUCCCGGAAAUGCUGUUUAGCCAACUGAGCAAGUUAGCCAGGUAGCUCACAAAGAUUUGUACAUUUAGGGCUAUUUGUGUGAAAAAGGGUUUUUUGUGUGUGUGUGUUUUUGCCGUUAAGUGGCAUGGAAUUGCUGUCGUUCGUAAAAACUCUGUUGUUAACGGAUUUACUAUGUGUGACGUUCGCCUAAGCCAAAUCACUUUCUGAAUUAGCUAACCAUGAGAAUGUAUAGUGGAUCACCGUAACCUCGAUUUGCUAACUGGCCGUCACAGGCCGUCACUGGCAAUUAUCGAGUUUAUAUAUAUAAAAAAAACAAACAAACAAAUGCGUGCGUGCAAUAUCUGUAGAUGAAAGUCGCUUUCCCGCUCUCACUGUUUUGCAAAGACUCCAGACGCAAUGAGCACCAAGUUCGGGUUGGUCAACUACAAUUCGCGGAAGCACGUCUCGAUCACUGUGCCCUCGUCCACGGAGGUUAUGUCCCCGCACAUCAAGUCUGUGGAGGACCUGCGCGUGCUGGGCAUCAACCUACACAGCUUUAACACGCCCACACAGUUCUUCAUCUGUGUGAUUGGCGUUUUCAUUUUUUAUCUUAUCUACGGCUACCUGCAGGAGCUGAUAUUUUCAGUGGAAGGAUUCAAGCCAUUUGGCUGGUACUUAACAUUAGUCCAGUUUGGGUUUUACUCUGUGUUUGGCCUGGUGGAGCUCCAGCUCACACAAGACAAGAGGAGGAGGAUCCCAGGGAAAACCUAUAUGAUCAUAGCAUUUUUAACAGUGGGGACGAUGGGUCUGUCUAACACCUCUCUGGGAUACUUGAAUUAUCCGACUCAAGUCAUCUUCAAGUGCUGUAAACUCAUUCCUGUCAUGAUCGGAGGAGUCUUCAUUCAAGGGAAGCGCUAUAACAUGGCUGAUGUGUCUGCCGCUGUCUCUAUGAGCCUUGGUUUAAUCUGGUUUACUCUGGCCGACAGUAAAGUCGCCCCCAACUUUAAUGUGACAGGUGUAAUCCUCAUCUCUCUGGCCCUGUGUGCCGACGCUGCUAUCGGAAACGUGCAGGAGAAAGCCAUGAAGCUACAUAACGGCUCCAACUCAGAGAUGGUCCUGUAUUCCUACUCUAUCGGCUUUGUGUAUAUCCUGUUGGGUUUACUGUGUGUGGGUGGGCUGGGACCCGCUGUGGCCUUUUGCUCUCAGCAUCCCGUGACCACGUACGGUUAUGCCUUCUUCUUUUCGCUGACGGGGUACUUCGGCAUUUCCUUCGUGCUGGCCUUGAUUAAACUGUUCGGGGCUCUGGUCGCCGUCACAGUGACAACAGGGAGAAAGGCAAUGACCAUAGUUCUGUCCUUUCUCUUUUUCUCCAAGCCUUUCACUUUCCAGUACAUCUGGGGAGGACUGCUGGUCGUGUUCGGCAUCUUCUUGAAUGUUUAUAGCAAAAACAGGGACAAAAUGAAGCUGCCCUCCCUGGCGGACCUGCGCGGUCGAUUCCUGAAGGGAAAGAGGGUCCGGCUGCUGUCCCAGGACGUGUAGACGGACACGGGAGCCCGACCAGGCGUGUACCGCUCUCCAAGUCAGAGCUGAGGAAGGACUCUGGCCACACAGUGAAGGGCCUGUGUGUGUGUGUGUGUGUGUGUGUGUGUGUGUGUGUGUGUGUGGA